AUGUCUGAGGUCGUUGCUAAGAAAAGAACUUUCAAGAAAUUUGAAUUACAAGGAAAAUCACUUGAAGAAAUCACUGCCAUGCCAGAAGCUGAUUUUGUCAAGAUGUUAGAUGCUAGAGCUAGAAGAUCAUACAGAAGAUCACCAAAAUUAAAACAUGAAAGACUUGUUAAGAAACUCCUCAAAAUUAAGAAGGCUACUAAAGAAGGUGAAAAACCAAAACUCGUUAAAACUCAUUGCAGAGAUAAAAUCAUUCUUCCAAAUAUGAUUGGUUCAGUUAUUGGUGUUUACAAUGGUAAAUCCUUCACCACUGUCGAAAUUAAACCAGAAAUGCUUGGACAUUAUCUUGGAGAAUUUUCAAUUACUUACAAACCAGUUACUCAUGGUAGACCAGGUGUAGGAGCUACUCAUUCUUCCAAAUUUGUCCCAUUGAAAUAA